ACGUGGUGCGUGCGCGUUCCCGUGAUGCAGUGGUAAACAUGGCAGCAGCCGCCGGAUCAGGCAUCACGGUUCCUCGCAACUUUCGGCUGCUGGAGGAACUGGAAGAAGGUCAGAAAGGGGGUGGAGACGGAAUCGUAAGCUGGGGUCUGGAAAAUGACGAGGACAUGAUGCUGAGCCACUGGAAUGGAAUGAUCAUCGGUCCCCCGAAGACGGUUUAUGAAGGCAGAAUGUACAGCCUGAAGAUCGACUGUGGCUCCCGGUACCCAGAACAUCCACCUCACGUGCGCUUCAUCAACAAGAUCAACAUGACUGGUGUGAACAGUUCAACCGGAGUGGUGGACCUGAAGUCCGUGCCGUCUCUGUCUCGGUGGAAGAACUCCAACAACAUCAAGAUGGUGCUGCUGGAGCUGCGGCAGCACAUGAUGUUGAAGGAGAACAGCCGUCUGUCACAGCCGCCAGAAGGCCAGGUGUUUCGCAACUGAGGCUCCUGCUGCUCAGCAACCCCGCCUUUGCCUGUCACACGUGCGCACACCCACCACCGACCUUCAUCCCCUUCUUUUUGGGGAGGGGCAAUGCAGAGGAGCCUCCUCCAUCCUUCCUUCCUGCGUGGACGCUUCAUCUUGACCAUCAGGACCCCCCACCUUCUGUGAUGUCUGUGUUCUUCUGUAGAUCAUGAAAUGAGUGAAUGGAUGCAGCUGCCAAAUCUUCACAUCAGAUCAAGCUUUACAUUUCCAGAAGGGUUAAAGGUUGUUUUUAUUUCCCCACUAAUGUCAGGAUUCUUAAAGAAUAAACAAAUCUCCACCCAUUGACCUGACAUCUCUAAAUUAUUGAUCUCCCUCCCUCCAUACUGAGUUUGACCCCCGCAUGUCCACUUCAGAGGAAGAAACGAUGCUGAAAUGCGGUGUUUGUAUCAGCAGAACCAUGGUGCCUCGUUCUUUCCCGUCUCUGUGCCAUCAGUGCGCUGCUGGGGGGCAGUUUCUGUUUUCUGUUUUGGGAUCACCACUGUAUUCUGAUGUGUGUGCAGAAGGGGGCGCUGUGCCUCCUGUUUACUGUUUGUAUUUCCUCUCUUUGGUCUGGGCUGCCUGUGUUUCUGUACGCCUCUGGAUGUUUAUUUUCUAACUGGGUGAAUCUUAUCAGGGUGGCGGUGUCCUGUCGCAUGGUUUCAUUUGAAUUAAACAUUAUUACUUUUGCA